UUCCUCCAUUAUUACUCCAUUCAGGUCUCCUCAGUUCUCAGACCUCUCUCUCUCAACACUCAUAUACACCAACAAUGGCGGCAGCAGCAGCAGCAGCAGCGUUAACACUAAAACCAAACCCUACCACCGCCAUCUUCCUCUUCCUCCUCAUCCACUGCGCCGCCGCGUCGGACCACCCGGACGCCAAACCCCUCCUCCUCUUCAAAUCCACCGCCGACCCGAACAACUCCCUUCUCAGCUCCUGGAACUCCACCUCCGACCCAUGCAGCUCAUGGGUCGGAGUCUCCUGCAUUCACAACCGGGUCGCCCGCCUAGUCCUCGAAAACUUCAACCUCCAAAACUCCCUCUCUCCCUCCCUCGCCUCCCUGACCCAGCUCCGCGUCCUCAGCCUCAAGCAAAACGGCUUCUCGGGUCAAAUUCCGGAUCUCUCCAACCUCACCAGCCUCAAACUUCUCUUCAUCUCCCAUAACCGUUUCUCCGGCGAAUUUCCGGCCUCAUUAACCUCGCUCUCGAAGCUCUACCGCCUCGAUCUGUCGUACAACAAUUUCUCCGGCGGCAUCCCGCUCGCCGUGAACCGCCUCACGCAUUUGCUGACGCUCCGGCUCGAGGAGAACUCCUUCGCCGGCGCCAUCUCCGCCCUGAACUUGCCGAACUUGCAGGAUUUUAACGUGUCGGGGAAUAGGCUCACCGGAGAGGUCCCGGGCUCGUUUGCGGGCUUCCCGGCGUCGUCGUUUUGGAGCAAUCCGGGGUUGUGCGGGCCGCCGCUGGAGAAAUGUAACGUGGUUUCUAGUAAUCCUACCCAGCCCGGCGGAGCAAUGGCGUCGCCGGUGAGCCCGAGGACGACCGUCUCCUCGUCUCCGACAGCAAUGCCGGCGGAAACAAACCCUCCGGCGAAAUCGCACAGCUCGCACCGGAGUAAAAUUAGCUCGCUUGCGAUAAUUGGUAUUAUAAUCGGAGAUGUAUUGGUUUUAGGGUUAGUUUCUCUGCUUCUGUAUUGCUAUUUCUGGAGAAACUAUUCCAGCAUGUUAACAUCGGAGAAGAGCAGCGUGCAAGCGGAGAAAAUAGUGUACUCCUCGAGCCCCUACCCGAACCCGGCCCAAUCCGGGUACGAGAGGGGGAAAAUGGUGUUCUUCGAUGGCGCGAGGAGGUUUGAGCUUGAAGAUUUGUUGAGGGCGUCAGCGGAAAUGCUGGGGAAGGGCGGUUUUGGAACGGCGUACAAGGCGAUUUUGGAUGAUGGGAAUGUGGUGGCGGUGAAGAGAUUGAAGGAUUUGAAUGUGAACGGGAAAAAGGAGUUUGAACAGCAAAUGGAGGUGUUGGGCCGCCUCCGCCACCCUAAUUUGAUCGGAUUGAAGGCUUACUAUUUCGCUAGGGAUGAGAAAUUGUUGGUUCAUGAAUUCAUGCCUAAUGGAAACUUGUUUUGGCUGCUUCAUGGCAACCGAGGCCCGGGUAGGACUCCGUUGGACUGGACCACGAGGUUGAAGAUUGCAGCAGGAGCAGCACGAGGGCUAGCCUUCAUCCACAGCUCAGGGGCGCCCCUUAGGCUUGUGCAUGGCAACAUCAAGUCCACAAACGUCCUGAUUGACAAACUGGGCAAUGCCAAGCUAUCCGACUACGGCCUCUCAGUCUUUGCAUCGCCUUCGUCUGCCCCUAAAUCCAAUGGCUACCGUGCCCCCGAAGCAGCUCUGGAUGGCCGGAAAUUGACCUCCAAAUCCGAUGUCUACUCGUUCGGGGUCCUGCUGCUGGAGCUGCUGACCGGCAAGUGUCCCUCCAUAGUGGACAACAAUGGUCCGGGCAUCGGGUACAGCGGGGUUGUUGAUCUGCCAAGGUGGGUGCAGUCUGUGGUGAGGGAGGAGUGGACGGCUGAGGUGUUCGACUUGGAGCUCAUGAGGUACAAGGAUAUCGAAGAGGAGAUGGUGGGGCUGCUGCAGAUCGCGAUGGCGUGCACGCAGGCAUCGCCGGAUCAGAGGCCGAAGAUCAACUAUGUGGUGAAGAUGAUAGAGGAGUUGAGAGGAGUGGAGGUGUCGCCAUCGCACGAGGCCCUCGAGUCAGUGUCGGAGUCGCCUUCGGCGUCGGAGGAUACCUGCAGAGCUAGUGAAUGAUGGAUGAUUCCGGCCGUCUGAGAUUGAACUUAGCUUCGAUUUGUUGUUAGCAACUUUGGUAGUUUCUUUAGUUUUCAACUUUUGUAUAUUGAGUAUUGCUUUGAGUAGGUUUUUGAGGGGUCAAUUGCUGUUAGUUGUGAUAUGCCUUCCACUCCAAAUUAUUGUUUUUGGUAUUAAUUUGUCUAAUUGAUCAUCUUAAAAUUCUAAUCGACUUGGCUUGAUGCGGACUAGA